GGUGCUCAUUGUGUUCGGGGAGCCCAGCGGAGCCAUGGCUGAGGAGCAGCGCGACCUCAUCUCUGACCGCGCCAGCGGUGUGCUCAGCGUUGGGGACACCCAGAGGUCUGCGCUGGGGCGCAAAGCCGCUUUCUCCACGCUGUCCAUCCUGGUGGCGCUGCUCAUCGCCGGCCAGGCUGUCACCAUCUACUACGUGUACCAGCAGAGCGGGCAGAUCAGCAAGCUGACCAAGACCUCCCAGAACCUGCAGCUGGAGGCUCUGCAGAGGAAGCUGCCUGCCAAUGCCAAGCCAGUGAAUAAGAUGAAGAUGGCCAAGGCAAACACGCCUCUGGUGAUGAAUGUCCUGCAUCCUGCAUCCUUUGAAGACCUUUCGUUCAAGGCCCCUGCUAGCAACAAAACCGAGGACAUCGUGAAGCACCUGCUGCUGCAAGCAGACCCCAGCAGGAAGUUCCCGGAGCUGAAGGACAACCUGAUGGACAACUUGAAGCACCUGAGAAGCACCAUGAAUCAUAUGGACUGGAAGUCCUUCGAGUCCUGGCUGCACAAGUGGCUGCUGUUUGUAGAGGCCAAGAACCCCAAGUCUGAGGACCGCAAGACAAUCCCAGCAGAGAAAGUGCUAACUAAGUGCCAAGCAGAGGCAGCUUUUGGGAGUGAUCUGGUGGGCCGCUUCCGCCCCCAGUGCGAUGAGAACGGCGACUACCUGCCCAAGCAGUGCCUCUUCUCCUCUGGCUACUGCUGGUGCUGCUACAAAAAUGGCACCAAGAUUGAGGGCACUGAAACUCGGCAAAAGCUGGACUGCCCCGGCACUGCUGCUCCCAGUGCUGCUGCUGGCACCCCAGAGCCAGAGGAGAUGAUCUUCUCUGGGGUCGACUUGUGAACCCAAGCAAAGAAGAGUAGAAGAGGAUGCCAGCAGUUGCCUUCAGCAUCCCUGCUCCUUCAGCUCCUGAUUAAUUUUUUCUUUUUCUGCUCUUACAUUGCUUUUCCAAGACAGUUAACAGUGGGCAUCCCUGGGCACCCUUCCCUGGCUGCACAGCUGCCACCACCAUCAGACAGAGUCCCCUCAGAGGGUGGGUAGAGCAGGCUGGAAAAUUAUUUCAACCACCUCAGAUCCAUAAAUCCUGUUCUCUUUGACUCGACCUCCAACAACACCCAGGCAGCAGUGCAGCUCACCCCUGCUGAAGAACUAAAGCUUCCUUAGACUGAACAAAUAUUAAAAGCAGCAAAAUAACCCCCACCAGCUUCUUAACUGAUUGCUGUAGGCUGUAGCCCUGUCAGAUUCCUGGAGUAAAUGGGUUUUUAUUGUGGAGUGCUCAGAUUUGUACAUAGAGAUUCGCCUACAGCCUCAGCAGUGGGUAGCCAUAGGCAGAGGGGCUUCUAAUUUUCCUGAAUGUAUCUGAUUGUUCCUUUACAAAUGAUCUCACAAGCUAAUAACCUCAAAUAAACUUUUGAAUAACAAAGCCUUGUAAGCAACUCCAGCAGGGCUUCGUGUGCUGUUUGCAGCUGUCCGAGGUUAUAAAGAAAUGAAACUUAACAAAAAAGAGAUACAAGAAAAAUCUCUGCAGGCACUUGGACAGCUGUAUCUCCACCCAGGACUGGCUGUGUUCCUUGUCC